AUGGACGCGUGCGCGCGCGCGGCGGCGUGCGACCGCGCGUGGUUCGCGAAUCUCGACCGCGAUGCCCUGCUCGACGCCGCGCGCGCGCGAGACGAGGACGGGCGAAGCGCGUUUCAUCGGGCGUGCGCGACGGGGGCGCGUGGACGGGCGAUCGUCGCGUUGACGCUCGAGCGGGUGACGAUGGAGCACGCGCGGGAGCUCGCGCGUGGGGUCGAUGGGGGUGAAUGGACGCCGUUGCACACGAGCGCGGCGUUGGGGGAGGCGGAGACGUGCGGGGGGUUGCUCGCGGCGGGGGCGCGGACGGACGCGCGGACGCCGGGAGGGCAGACGCCGGGACACUACGCGGCGAGUAAGGGACACGCGUCGGUGUUGGAGAAACUCGCGUGCGCGGAGGAUGUGGGGUGGAUGACGAGUGAGGACGCGACGGGGGCGACGCCGUUGCAUCGCGCGGCGGCGAGCGGGAAGCUCAAGGCGAUCGACGUUUUGGUGGACGCGCUGUCAAAGGGACGAGUGGAAGUGCCCAAGGGCGCGCUCGAGGCGAGGGAUAAGCGUGGGCAGACGCCGUUGCUCUCGGCGUGCGAAUCUGGACAGGAAGAGGCGGCGAUUCGUCUGGCGAAACACGGCGCGAACGUCGAGGCGCGGGACGCCGAAAAGAGAGGCAUCGACGAACUCGCACCCAAGCUCGUGAGCGCCCUGCGCCAGAUCGCGGCCGAGCGGUGA